UUAUAAAUAGAGUGGCUGGGCUUUCUUUUCGCAGUCUGUAGCGUGGUGACGCGUGUUGGUGAAGUUGCUGCUGAGCUGAAGUUUAUCCUUUUAGAGAGAAAAGGCGGUUAAAACAUCGAACAAUGGCGUCCAACGAUUAUUCCCAGACAGCAGCACAAGGCUAUGGCGCGUACGGUGCCCAAGCAGGCCAAGGCUACACCCAGCCCCCUGCCCAGGCGUACAGCCAGCAGAGCUACGCCAGCUACGGGCAGUCCUCCGACACCAGUGCGGCCACGUACAGCCAGGGAGGUUAUGGGGCCUCUUAUGGACAGACCCAGACAGGUGGCUAUGGAGCCCAGCCUGCCUCUCAGGGUUACAGCCAGUCCAGCCAGGCGUAUGGCACUGCUGGGUACGGCAGCAGCCAGCCCCCCCAGAGCAGCUACGGGCAGCAGCCAGCCUCGUACCCGGGCUACGGGCAGCAGCCUGCCUCCGCCCCAUCCGCUACCAGCUACAGUAGCGCCUCCCAGAGUGCCUCUGGUUACGCACAGCCCCAGAGCGGCGGGGUUGGCGCCAACGCUGGAGCCGCAGCCGGAGGGGGUUACGGACCCCCAGGUGGCUAUGCAGGGCAGGGCCAGCCCCCCCAGCAUGCAGCAGGAGGAGCAGGGAGCCAGUACAGCCAACAGCAGCCCAGCUACAACACCCCCCCACCCCAGAGCUACGGCCAGCAGCAGGGGCAGUACAGUCAAGGAGGAGGAGCCGGAGGGUACAGUCAGGAGCCUCCGCAGAUGGGAGGAGGGGGGUAUGGGGGUCCUGAAUCUGGCGGGUACGGAGGGCAGGACAGCAGAGGAAGGGGCAGGGGUGGAUUUGGAGGAGGAAGAGGAGGAUUUGACAGGGGAGGAAGAGGAGGACCAAGAGGGAGAGGCGGCAUGGGUGGUGGGGACAGAGGCGGCUUCAAUAAAUUCGGUGGACCUAGGGAUCAAAAUCUUGGGGGACCACCCAUGCCUAUGCAGGAACAAGACAACUCUGACAACAACACCAUCUUUGUGCAGGGGUUAGGAGAUGGCUAUACCGUCGACUCUGUGGCCGAUUACUUCAAGCAAAUCGGAAUCAUAAAGAUUAACAAGAAGACUGGCUUGCCCAUGAUUAACCUCUACACAGACCGCGAGACAGGCAAGCUGAAAGGAGAAGCGACCGUCUCUUUUGACGACCCCCCCUCUGCCAAGGCUGCUAUAGACUGGUUUGAUGGCAAGGAGUUUUGUGGGAAUCCUCUCAAGGUCUCUUUCGCUACACGCCGGGCUGACUUCGUGAGAGGGGGCGGGAACAUGAGAGGAGGGCGUGGCAGAGGAGACAUGCCGUUCCGCUCUGAAGGGCCCAUGGGACGAGGUGGAUUUGGGGGAGGAAGAGGUGGAGGAGGGUUUCCUAGCAACAAUGGAGGAGGCGGAGGGGGUCAGCAGAGAGCGGGAGACUGGAAGUGUUCAAACCCCGAUUGUGGGAAUCUGAAUUUCUCCUGGAGGAACGAGUGUAACCAGUGCAAAGCGCCCAAACCAGAGGGGGCUGGCGGGCCCCCUCCCAUGGGAGGUGGUUUUGGUGGGGAUCGCGGUGGCAGGGGUGGUUUUGACCGUGGCGGUUUCCGGGGACGCGGUGGAGACCGGGGGGGCUUCAGAGGGAGGGGGGGUGACAGAGGAGGGUUUGGACAAGGGAAAAUGGAUGGCAGAGGUGAACACAGACAGGACAGAAGAGACAGACCUUACUAAACUCCACGUACACCACGGACCACAAUUUAUUAUUUUUUUUGUUAUCCAUUUAAGUGUGUAAGUUGUACUUUUAACUAGUCUGUCAAUUAAAAUUCAUUUUGUACCUUUAUCUGCCAGAAUUUUGAACUUGUUUUAAACAAAUAAAAUUGAAAAAAAAAGUAAA